CUUAACCCCCCACAUAGCACCUCUUGUUGCGUACAAUACCAGCAGCACAACGUACACUCUACAGAGAAAUCAAUGGAUGCUAAGAUCGGAAAUUUCUUCGACUCGGUCGGAAAUUUUUUCACCGGAGGAGAUCAGAUUCCUUGGUGCGAUUCCGAUAUCGUCACUGGUUGUGAACGUGAAGUUGCUGAGGCGGGAAAAGGUUCCUCUGAUGAACUGAAAAAUGAAUGCAUCAUGCGUCUAUCAUGGGCUCUUGUUCACUCAAGACGUCCAGAAGAUGUACAACGUGGAAUAGCAAUGCUUGAAGCUUCUCUGGGUGGCAGUAACAGUCCCCUGCAAAUGAGGGAAAAGAUUUAUCUUCUGGCGGUUGGCUACUACAGAAGUGGGGACUAUGCAAGAAGCAGGCAGCUUGUUGAGCGCUGUUUGGAGAUUGAACCGGAGUGGAGACAGGCCUUGACCCUCAGGAAAACUAUUGAAGAUAAAAUUACUAAAGAUGGAGUAAUUGGCAUUGGCAUUGCUGCUACUGCCGUUACUGCUGUUGGACUCCUGGCUGGUGGACUUGUAGCAGCUUUGUCCCGCAAGAAAUGAUCCAUCAGUAAAAUCAGUAACAUGCAUAUGAUACUUCGUCCUCUGGUCCGUGUAUACAUCUGAGGCUAUCAACUGUAAUUCGCCAGUACUUAGUUUUGAUACUUGUCUUUCUUUGUUGAAACACUGACAUACUGCAACUGAAGCAAAAGGAUGUAGGCUGGCUUUGCUUGACUUGAUUGUCUAGUUUCUAUGUGAUAAAAAAAAAGUGACUUGU